CCACUGCGAACCAUUGCGUACUUUCUCUGAAUCCCUACUCGUCUGUGUAGCUCCUACUCUCCUACGCUCUACGUUAUGUCUUCCCCUGGUGCUCCGCCUGCUUCCUUCUCGCCCACAUCUGCUCCCAUCUCCCUCUCCUUUCCCUCUCCGCACAUUGCCCUCAUCACCCUCAACAACCCCACGAAGCUCAAUUCGCUCAAAUCUUCAGACGUCGCUCAUCUAGUCGAUGCUCUAGAGUGGGUCGCUUCUCAGCCGGAUGAGGCGAUUCCUAUCUGCGUCCUCACGGGCAAAGGUCGCUUCUUCUCUGCCGGCGCAGACGUCCACGACCCUUCUCGCCAGCCUCCGCCAGAGGCGGCUAACAACCCCCGCAUUCUCAAAGACUUCUACACCCAGCGUCUAGCUUUGAGCAAUGCUCGUCUGGCUCGGGUUCUUUCGACCUUCCCCAAGGUGCUAGUGGGCGCCAUGAAUGGCCCUGCAGUGGGCAUUUCCGCUGCAGUGCUGGGACACUGCGAUCUGCUCUAUACGCUACAGGACUUCUGGCUGCAAGUGCCCUUUACCCAGCUCGGUCUCGUCUGUGAGGGACUGACUAGCACGACUUUCAUCCAGCGUAUGGGUCAUGGUAGAGGUGUUGAAUGCCUAUUGGAAGGCGGAAGGGUACCCGCAGCCGAAUUAGAGAGGAGCGGCUUCAUUACGAGAAUCUUGGCACCACCCCCGACUGCCUCGAAUGGUCAGGACGGCACUCCACCAAUCCUCAAUGCCGUGCUAGAAAGACUGGAGCAGCGCCUCUCUCCACCUAGUAUUGACCCUUUUGCUUUAGCCUACUCGAAGCGCCUCAUCCAAAAAGCUACGUACGAGAGCUUGGGCAGCGAGGAGGCCAAUCAGGCUGAGCUGAGAGGAGCAGAGAUCGUCUUCACGAGCGGCAAGCCCGCAGAGAGGUUCGCGGCCAUUGCGGGCGGCAAGCGGCACAAGCUGUAAGCUCAUUGCCGGGCACCAAGCCAUGUUUACGCCUUCGGUCUCGUCUGUAUCAAUACGACACCCUUUUCUCUUCGAUGACCUGCGAACAGCUGCUUCUCGCACCAGUCUAGGAAGCAUUUCUCUAAGUAUUGCUGUGCGCGACCACAGUGCGGUACCUAGCGACGUGGGGUUCUCUCACCCUCGGAGCAAAGGCUGUCUCUCCCCACUCCGGCCUGCCUCCCUUCCAUCCUCUUCGUCCGUUCCCUCCACGACCUCGUCCCGUGCGUCUCGAUACAGAACGUAGUGCUGUGUCAUCAAAGCCACAUCGAAUGUGAGGGAGAGGAAAGAAAGCCCA